AUGAUGAGGAACGCAUUGCCUCCACCAACUUGGAAUACAACGUUUGACGCUACAGAGCAAAAUAUUUUAUGUCAACAACCCGUUGAAGUAGCGGCACCACCUUUCGGAUAUCAAGUAAAAGAACAAUGCCUAAUAGCUAACGUAUUUGUACCUGAAAAUAUAACAAAGGACUUACCAGUGGUGGUAUAUGUUCACGGUGGAGGAUACCAGAUUGGUUCAGGAAAUAGACUGACGCCAAGAAAGUUGGUUGGUACUGGAGAAGUUAUUUCAGUAACUUUUAACUAUCGUCUUGGGCCACAAGGUUUUUUAUGUCUGGGUACGGAUACAGUCCCUGGAAAUGCUGGAAUGAAAGACAUGGUUAAAUUAUUAAAAUGGGUACGAAAAGAUAUUCAUAAUUUUGGUGGUAACCCAAACGAGGUUACAAUUGCUGGAUAUAGCGCUGGAUCAGCCGCUGUUGAUGUACUGUUACUUUCUAAAAUGACAGAUAGAUUGUUUAAUAAAGUAAUUAUAGAAAGUGGUUCAAAUCUUAAUGCUUUUAGUGUUCAAAUUGAUCCAUUAGAGAAUGCUAAAUGGUUUGCGAAGAAUUUGGGUUUCAAUAACACAAAUGAUAUUUCUGCUUUGGAAAAUUUUUAUCUUAAUAUACCAUAUGACAUAUUAUCGUCGCAUACUGCGACUCUAUUAACUAGAACCGAUGGUGUUAUGAAAUCCCGUGCCAGAAGGAUAUGA